CACCACAAAUAUUCAAGCUGUCACAGUAGUUUAUUUUACAGUUUGCAAACAAACCAACCAGUGAAAUAGGUUAAGUCUAGCAGUGAAAUCCCAUUCACUCACAGUAGCUAAGGCUCUUUACUGCAUUUAGGUGUUGUCUAAAGCUUCGAUUUCUGGCUAUUAUUCUCCCAGUGCUCAGAUCUGUUCUAAGUACCUUUUCCUGCUUACAGAUAAGAACAUACCGUAAUAUUUCCAAUAUCAGGAUGUGAUUUGCAUUUUCAGAAAAAAAAUUAGACUGGUAAAUGUGCCUUUUUGAAAGUACCUAUUACUAAACUUAGAAAUUAGUAACCUCCAAUCAAGCAAACACACAGCCUUAUGAUGUCUACCCCGGCAGAUGUGUUGCUGUGGGUUCUUUUCAGCUGACACCUGAACUGACCUCUUUGCUCUCUUUCUUCCUAGUGUGUUUUAUAUUGAAAUCCACCUCAUUCAUGGUACUCCUGUAGUUUAAACAAAGCAUACAAAGAAUCACUCCCCUCCCUUCAAACAUGCCAGUGAACAGGACACAUUUUUUAUCAAACGGCUAGCCCAAACAAACACAUCUAAGAAUUAAUGAAGACAUUAUGUCCCAAAAUAAAACCAGGAGAGUUCAAUACGACAAAAUGACUGCUUCCCAUUCUCUGAUAAUCAAUCCUGACAGCUUCCCCAUCACAAAACUAUUUCUUUGGAUUCCUUAUGUGUUUAAACCCCUGAUUAAACACCAUUUUGCCUGUCUGUGCCAUGUUCUUCUCAUCAGUUUCUAUAAAUAUUGUACAUGUGCACUCAAUGGUACUGUCUGUAACACAAAACCAGUGGGAGCAUUCCAAAUUGCAAAGUUAUCCACUGGUAACCUGUUUGGACAGAGGUGUUAAGAAAGGAGCCUUUGUUCUUUAUUUUUUUUUAACACUAGAUGGCAUUGCUUCCUCCCCCCGCCCCCCAGGGAAAACUUGAAGAUGAAACUUGCUUUGAUUAAUGUAAGAGAAGAAUUAGUGACUUGCAAGUUUUGCUAUGACUAUCACCCUUACAAGCAUUUCCUGUAAAUCGUAACUCUCCAGUGUGGCCCAAGCCUUUGGUUUGUAUUCCUCUGUCUACAGCCCCCAUACUUCUCCACGCUCCAAGGAAUUUCUGAAACAUUACUGGUGCAAUGGUUUUCUUCAGGUUUCCUUUGAGUAACGAAUGAUAAAGCUACGGAUGAUACAUACUGUGAUGCAGAAUAUUUUGUUACAUAAACUGUGUGGCCUCAAGAUGCUAAUGAACGUGGAUACGUCCCUGGACCUGUCCCUCUCCAGCUGAUUCUCCUUCUUUCAUCGCAUACAUUCAGCUGCAGCAGGAGCCAGAACAAGCUAUGAGGCAGGAAGGAACUAUACAACCACUUUUCCCCAGGGCCCUUUCCCACAAGAAGAGAGGGAUUGGGUUCCUCUCUUUAUCAUAUAGCAGGAGCCAGAGCCAGUGGGGCAUUGUCCAAUUAGAAUUAAAUCGCAGCUGUUGACAGUUGCAUGUGGGCUAAAUUGGUUCUGUGGGGAAUAGCUCAUUAGAGCCGUCAUCUCCAUGAAGAGCUGAUUGUGUCCCACGCGGGCAAAGCGCGGGGGCUUCCAAGGCUGGAACCUGCCUUCGCUCCACGCCGGCAUUAUGUGCGACUUUUGGUGCUGCCAGAGUCGAUGUCAUAGGCCAGGCCUUUCUUCUCCUACCUUAGAGUCAAACUUACUAAAAAUUAACCACAGAGAAGGCGCCGUUCCCAGACAGGCUGCUCUUCUUCCCCUACCUUGGAGCAGCACCCCUGGCCCGACCGCAGGCUGGCAGGGCAAAGGGCUGAGGCGAGACGCGCUCCCUCUCCUGCGUGGCCCCUUUCUCCGAGCAGAGGAGGCCGGACGGGCUGGCUUCUCCCCGGGGAGCCCCGCCGGACCGAGCCGCGGGGCCGGGCCGGGAGCAGCUACCUUGGCCGGCCGGGAAGGGUGAGGCUCCAGUUCGGGGAGCCACAGGUAGGCGGCGGCCUCCUACUUUUCCCAGGUUCGUGGAGGGUUGUUUGUUUUUUUUUUCCUCCCUCCCUUCCCUCCUCCUCUUUUUCCAGCUCUCGCUUUCCGGGUUGGGAGUUCGGUGCGUUCAGAAAAGUGCCUGCAACGGCGCGGGGUUCCCCAGGUGGAGCUGGUCCGGGCUUUCUCUCCCCUCCUCCUCUGGCUGCCUUUCCUCCUUUGUGGCCGCAUCCAGGGCGCUCCAGUCCCCCUCCCACGCUUCCUCUUUCCCUCCCUCCCCGCCUCAUCCUCACUCCGGGCAGAGAAAGCCGGGCUCUUUCCUGUCUCCCGGCCGGCCCGGGCUCUCACCGCGCCCGCCGUGCGGCGGUGCCGCGCCCCGCUCCGCUCCCCUCCCCUCGCUCCUCCCGGGGCCGCUCCCGCCUCCGGGGGCCACUCCCGCACAUGGGCGCCGCGCGGGGCUCCCCCCCAGCCCCGCAGCGCCUGGCCCGGCCGCGCUCCCUCCCGCCCGAUUCAUUUGUUGUUGUCCUGUCCUCUCUCCCUCCCUCCCGCUCCUCUCUCUGAACUUUUGUCACUGCGGCCGCUGCGCGCAUGAAGACUUUUGGCGCCGGGGACGCCUAGCUCUCCCCGCCAGCCCUGCCGCUGCCCGCGCUGCGCCCCGUCCCCGGCCGCGAUGCCGUUCCCCCUGCGGACCCUGGAGCCGCUGAAGCUGUGCAGGUUGGAAGAGGCCGGCGGGGAUGGCGCGGAGCGGGGCAGCCCGGCGCCGGGGGACCACGCCGGGGCUGCGGAGGGGGGCGGCGGGCGCCGCCGCGGCGCGGUGCCGCUCUUCGGGACGCUGGAGCAGGUCAGCUCGUACGCGCUGGUGUCGCUGCUGAUGCAGCUCUCCGACCUCUCCCGCUGCGCCGGCGACAUCUUCGGCGGGAUCCUCAGCGAGGCGGACUCCCUGUGCCACCGCAACGCCCGGCUCCAGCGCCGCCUCGGCGCCCUGGAGGAGCUCCUCGCCCGCCUCGACCACCGCAAAGUCAAGAUCCCUGUUUCCAACCUAGAUGAGGAGAGUAGAUGGACUGUGCACUACACUGCUCCAUGGCACCAGCAGGAAAAUGUCUUCCUACCCUCCUCAAGACCACCUUGUGUGGAGGACCUGCACAGACAAGCCAAGCUGAACCUCAAAUCAGUGCUGAGAGAGUGUGACAAGCUGCGGCGGGAUGGCUACCGGAGCUCGCAGUAUUACUCUCAGGGCCCCACCUUCUCCUCGUCCUCCAGUGCAAUCUGUGGAAGUUACCAGGAUGAUUAUGAAGAAAUUGAACAAAAGUGUCCUGUCUCUCCCCCUGAAGAAGAAAAGCUUAUUACCAUCAAAAGGCCCAAAAGUCCAGCUACGAGUGAGUUAUCAGAUAUCAACACCCAAACCAACUGGACUAAGUCUCUCCCUCUGCCAACGCCAGAAGAGAAAAUGCGACAACAAGCGCAAGCCGUCCAAACAGAUGUGGUUCCUAUUAAUGUGACUGGGGAGAAUUUCGACCGCCAAGCCAGCAUUCGGCGGUCUCUAAUUUACACAGACACGGUGGUAAGACGGCCGAAGAAAGUCAAAAGGAGAAAGACUAUUACAGGAAUCCCUGACAACAUACAAAAGGAGCUAGCAGUUGGUACUGGCCAAAGUGAUUUCCGAGGGCAUUCGAUGUAUGUCCCAGAUCACUGUUCCACGCUAGGGAGACUGGACAGCUACCGCUCUGCUAUGCAACGCUCUGAAACCAAGGACACCAGCUGCCAGACGGAGGAAGUUAAAGUUGUGCCCCCUUCAAUGAGAAGAAUACGAGCACAGAAAGGACAAGGCAUUGCAGCCCAGAUGUCUCAGUUCUCCAGCUCAUCUGGAAACAUGUCAGUGAUGAGUGAUUCUGCUGCAGUUAUAUUUGCUUCUCGCCAAAAUAACGACAUGGGUUUUCACAGCUUGCCUCGGGUUGGUGCGAGAGUGUCUCUGCAGUCCCUCGAUCAGACACAGAGCAUGAUGUCGAGGCAGACCGAAGACAUUGCUGGCACUUUACCCCACCAGAUAAGUAAAUUGCAGGUGGAUGAUAGUGUUGUGCAUCUGAGGAAUAAUCCCACAAUGGGGACUCUUUCGAGGCCAAAGUCCCAAGAGGUGAGAAGCUGUGAUAGCGAGAAAUCCUCAAGCCCAGCAUGUGUGGUGUCUCCUCAUGCCACUUACUCAACGAGCGUCAUACCCAAUGCAACACUGUCAUCCUCCUCGGAAGUUAUCCUUAUUCACGCUGCCCAGAGUGUUGGAUCAUUGGAUAGUAAAAUUUCCAGCUCCACUGCCUUUCCAAAUCCAAGAGACAAUCCGCCUACCAGCAGUGCAAUAAGUGGGAAAGAAGAUCACCAUUCUUCCAGUGGUAACUGGAGUGAGAGUAGCUCCACACGUCACUCACAGACAUCGGAUACCAUCCCAUCUAACACUGUCAUGAUGCUUUCUCUUGGUGACUCUGCUGUCUCUCUAAGCACUCCUGGGAACGCAGAGGCUGGAUCUCAGAGCAUGAGCUACAGCUGUAGGAGCACUGCUGCUUUAGCAAGCCCUUCGCAGGACAGCGAUGGUCGGAGUGAAUCCAGCUAUUCUGGGGAGCGAGCACAGGCAGCAGUGAGCAGCACGGAGCACUGGUUGUACAAGUCUUCAGAAAACAGCGAGACCCCUUCACGCAAGGCGGUUUGUACAACACCAGGCUGUGCCACGCCCGGCAGCAACCGGAGCAGCAGCAGCCUGGAGAGGAUGUCAGUCAGGGAUGAUUCCACUUCCCUGUAUUCUGUGGACCACGAUGGCUAUUACAGCUCCAUGCAUAUGGACUCUGGACUAAAGUCAGACAUGCCAUGCAACAGUACUAAUGGUUUUGAGAACCCCAGAGACAGCGUGGUAAAUGUCUUUGAAGGAAAGGAGAAGAGACAUCAAGAUGACCACUCAGGCCAAGGUGACAAAUCCCUUGCAAGAAACAUCUCCCUGAAAAAGGCAAAGAAGCCACCUUUGCCACCAUCCAGAACAGACUCACUCAGAAGGAUGCCUAAGAAAAAAGCCCAGUCCAAUGGACAGAUACUUGAUGAAACCCUCAUUGCCACACUCCAGCAUUCUCUGCAGCUGAAUCUCAAGUGCAAAAACGGCAGCUCCCCUUCCCAGAGCCCCUGCAGUGAUUAUGAGGAUCCCUGGGUGUUGCGCUCCCGCAGCCAAAGCUCGGUCAGUGCGAGCAGCAGCAUGAUGUCCACCACUGCUCCAAACCUGUACUCCAUCUGCACAGUCACUCCCUCCCAGAGUGAAACAAGUAGCAUAAAGUCGGAGUAUGCUGACCAGUGGGGUUACUACAGUGACUAUGCCGCAGUGGCAGAUGACCAGGUGAAAUCUCCAGUGGCCCAUUCUGCCAGUACAUCAUCUGCUCUCAGUGAUUACAGCAUCAGCCACUUCAGUGAUGGCUCAAGGGCUUCUGUGCCACAAGUGCCCAGUGGACUGGCCAAACCAAAGAGUGCUUCUCCAGAGAAAUCCCACCGAGUCACAUCGCCAUCAAGUGGGUACUCCAGCCAGUCCAAUACACCCACUGCGCUUACUCCAGUGCCUGUACUUGUAAAGUCUGCAUCAUCAGGAAAUGGGAAAUCCAAGCUGAAGCCUAAAGUGCCUGAAAGGAAGUCCUCUCUUCUGUCUUCGGUUUCCGUGUCUUCAUCAUCCACUUCUCUUUCUUCAAAUACAUCUACUGAAGGGAAUGUGAGUGUGAAGAAACUGGACCCUGCCCUGAGCCCUCCUGUGGAUUCUGCUGCACCGCCUCCACCACCUCCUCCUCUUCCAACAUCUCCACAUUGCUCUGAACUUUCUCCUCCUCCUCCUCCUCCUCCAGCAGAAGUCACGGAUCUGUCACCGUUGUCGGCUUCUCCCACGUUCCCCCCUCCUCCGCCAGAAGCCGGUGUAAAUUCUACCUUUGCUCAGACUGUCCCAUGGUUUCCGCAAGAAGCCUCUAUCAGUUCAUUCUCUUCCCCUGUUCCUCCUCCUUCCUCUUGCCCCUUAGCUGCCCCGCCACCAGCACCACCGCUUGAUCCCAAAAUAACAAAAGGUGUAACAAUAUACCCACAGUAUUCUUUCAAGAAACGCAACCAGGAGGAUUCUUGCUACAGUCCGGUGAAACAGCCACCCAGCAAGCAAGAUGCAUCAAGACCUGUGAUGCCUUUAGUAACCACCAAAGCACUGCAGAUGGUGCAGUUGAGGUCCGUGAGAAAAUCAACAGAAGGUGAACCAUCAACUGAAUCUGUUUGUGAAGCCACCUCUCAGGAAAAGGGUACUGCAAACUCAUCGUCACAGUCUUUGCUAAAGCCGUCUCUCUCACUAAAACUCAGUACCAGCUUAGGCGAUGAGGAAAUGAAAACUCAAGGCACUUCAUUUAAAAAUACAGUUCAAACACUGUCUCGGGGUUCUCCUCUCAUUCUCUCUGAUAACACACCUGUACUUGACAGUGAUCAAAAGCCUGUGAGUGCAGUAGGUCUAAAGAAAUCUUCUGAAGUUGGUGCUCUGGGGUCAACCGCUGAUGACACACCUGAGUCCUCAGUGCAGAGUGAAGACCUCCCUUCUGGCAUGUCACUUCAGGGGUCACCAGCAUCUCCUGACAAGACUCAGGUUGUAUUGCCAAGCAAGAAACCGCCUCCUAUUUCAAAGAAACCCAAACUGUUCCUUCUGGUACCACCUCCACAGCUAGACCUUACAGUGGAGAAAGCAGCUGAAGUGAGCGAUACUGCCAGAAGCCCGACUAAGAGAGACGCUGUGCUUGCACACUCUGAGGAGGCGAGAAACUGUCUUACAGAUGGACUCGGUUCUAGCGAGAUGGACUCUGGCAGCCUGGUUCCUGAGGGAGGAGCUGCUGGAUUCACCUUCUCUGAGACAGUGGGAGCGAAUGCCUUUGUGGUACAGCCUGCUUCAUCACCAGUUCAAGAAGAACCCAGGCAAGAGGAGCAGUCUGCUUUUGAUGAAGGAAGCAGCUCAGGCAGCAGCCAAGACAGUGGCAGUAACACUGACGGGCACCUAUCUCAAGAGAAUGAAAGUGUGGAGGUGUUUGAAUCAGACACAGCCAGCAGUUCAUUCCUGCCAAGCAGUACUUAUGGGGAAGAGACGGACGGAGUGGCAACACCGGCAAGACCAAGGACUACCGAGGAUCUUUUUGCAGCCAUUCACAGAUCCAAAAGGAAAGUCCUUGGCCGGAAAGAUUCUGAAGACGACCGUACCCGCAACCAUUCUCCGUCGCCCCCCGUAACUCCCACUGGUGCUUCCCCAAAUUUAGGUACCCUCAAACAAGCUGGAUCUAUUCAGAGAAGCGUCCGCAAGAGCAGCACCAGCAAUGACAACUUCAAAGCCCUGCUGCUGAAGAAAGGCAGUCGCUGUGACACCAGCUCCCGCAUGUCCGCAGCAGAGAUGUUGAAGAACACGGACCCGCGGUUCCACCGCACAAAGACAGACGCCUCCCCUGACCUUCCCGACAGCCCCGCCAGCUGCUCUCCCAGCAAGAGCAAACGGGCCCAGGAGGAGUGGGCCAAGAGCGAGGGCCUGAUGCCAAGGAGCAUGUCCUUCUCGGGCACGAGGUAUGGCCGCUCACGGACACCCCCGUCUGCUGCCAGCAGCAAGUACAACGUCCGCAACCGCAUCCAGAGCAGCCCCAUGACUGUCAUCAGUGAGGGAGACGGGGAAGUGGUGGAACAGUCUGAGGGCAGGGUCCGGAGGACUUUGGAACAGCAGCAAGAGGGGCAGCUUGAUAUGUGUAACAGUGAUGAAAUGGACAUGAAUGACUUCCCGUAUGCUGAGGAGGCAGGCUGCAAGGAGACCUUGGAUCCAGCCCAUGUAGACUUAAUGACUCAACCAGGUGCUUCAAGGAAGUAUUUAAACUCUUCAGCUGAAGAAAGUUAAAAGGCAAUGUGACAAAAGGCUUUGGAUAUUAGUCUAGAAAAUCACAGGGACUAGAUUUCAGAAAAAGCCCAGACCAGGACAAGGUUACUUUGCUGAGCAUUUAUUCCACGAACUGCAUGUGUCUGUUUAAAUGCUAAAGUGACGAUGGUUCUGCAUGGUUGGGUUGGGGUGGGGAGCACUUGCUUUGAAUGAGUGGUCUGUGGCUUGAAGAAAGUUAACAGUUGAAUUUUUUGUGUAAAGCCUUAGAAGUCCUCUUGUGGGGUGGGGAAGUUUUCUCAGAGUCUGUAGGGGUGUGAAGUUUUUCUUUUUCUUGAGACUGCAAUUGUGCAAGCAAAAUUUAGGAAUAAGCCUGAAAUGGGAAGGCUCCUGUGGGAGAGGCUGGACAUUUGGUUCAAAAGCAUAGUAGUGAUGCAGCGUAGUGCAUUCAUUAAGCAGAGGGAGGCACAAUGAGGCCCAUUCACCUCUGAGAGAAGGUAGCAUGGUUGGUGCUGUGGUUCCAUGGCUCCUUGGUGGGCUGUGGCCCAACGUUCAAUGAAGCGUGUCCUGCUCGAGCAAUGAGCUCACCAGGUGACGGAUCGGUCCAGGGUACUGUACUUGUCAUUGUUUUUCCUGACAGAGAAUGAACUGUGUAGUUAAGGUGCAAAAGGGAGCUGAUUUUAUAACACACUCCUGGCUGCCAUGCAGCCACACAUGUUCACCUGGUGAAACACACAUUCCCAGGUGAAUUGUUUCCUUGACUGGAGUAUUCCCUUAGAGAGCUAGAACAGCUGGAUGUGUGCGGAGGGUGCAAGCAGACAUCAGGAAAGUGGGAGGUGAAUGAAACGGUGUACUGCCAGAAUUUGGAUGGGUUACUGUCAUGGUUUAGGAAUGGUAUUCCCAAAUCUACUGCUCACCUGGAAACACUCCAAACCAUGUACCGCUCACUCACUCCCCUCUCCUCUUACCUCUGUGGGUGGCUGGAGAGGAAAAUUGGAGGCACAAAAGGUGAGGGUUGGGGGCUAAUGAAAGAAAAAUCUACUGGAAACAACAACGAAGUAAGAAAAUGGACAGUUACAGCCACAAUACGUAGAGUGUGCACGAAAGAGGUGAAUGGUUCACAGGUGACAGCUCACCCUGCAGAGCCUGGUACUGUGUGACCUGCUGCCCCACUUCCUUGUCCCCAGCAGUGUUGUGAGGUGGUCUAGAAUAACCUCUGUGUCCUGGCCACAGCCCCUCCUGGCUACUGCAGAAAGUGAGCCCUGUCCUGGCCGGAACCAGGACAGUUGUGUUUCUGAAUUAGAAAGAGAAAUUUGACUUGCACUACGAAUCUGUAGGUGGAGCCCGUCUUUCAAAACUGAAACUUGGGAGUUGUGUUUUGCCAGAAAUCUGGCUUUCAUUUGUCAAGAUGGGGAGACUAUUACUUUUCAUCACUUGAAAUACAGAUACUUGCUAACUUUUGGUUACCAAAGAAUAAGUUACAGUUACUUUCCUUUUUGAUUUGCCUGCAGUAUUGCUCCUCUUUUUUAACCUUAAUAAUUUAGUGAGGUUUGUUUUUAUUGUAUAUUUUACAGAUAAUAAGAACAUUUAACGGUUUUCCAAUUGUGAAGAAGACCAUUAAUUAAAACUGAAAUAUUGGCUGGAGUUUUUGGUUCUUGGUAGGAAUGAAGCUUUUAAUUUUUAAUAAGAAUUUUGCAUCAUUUGAUGGCAUGCGCAGUUUUUGUAUUGUUUGUAAAUAUUGAAAGUUGUUAAAAUAUCUUUUGAUCUCCUUACUGUAGAAUUUUUACAUUUUUAGAUUGCUUUUAAGAAGAAAAAGCACUCUUUGUAGAUUAUUUAUUUUAGAGAAAUAUGCUUGUAAUCUCUUUCUUCAAUCCUUUACUUGUUAGUUAUGUAAAUUUCAGGGGCCUUCAUUUAACUCUUCCCUUCACAAGAAGGGAAUAGUGCUGAAAAUGCUGUGACUUUGCUUCAAUAAAGAAAAAGCCUGCCAGUUGC